GCUCACACGUGACAUCGAGAGCCGACGUGCGUCGCGCGACGGCAUUGUCUGAGAGCGGACAAAGAGCUGCACAUUCAAGACAGCGCGAGCAUCGGGCAGGUGAGCGCCCAGGUGUCAUGGCAACGGACAUUAGCUGCCGCAAUAUGAAGCCGACUUCUCUCCUUCGAUUAGACCGCGGUGUCCGAGUGCGUUUGGCUGCUUGAACUUCUUCAUGUCGGAAUCCCAAAUCCGACCAUUUGGAGGAGGGACAACGACGUUGGCUGCGCUUUCGGCCGCUUACACGCAACAGACAGCGGGUUAACAAAGCAAGAAAGCCUUUGUGUCAUCUCUUAAUCUAGCUCGUCGGUUUGUUCGCUGUAGCUCUGCCAAAUCUUACUUUGUGUUUUUUUCAAACGUGGGGUCUGCUGUCGGUGGCUACGAGUAGCAUUUAGCCUCGACAUCAGGGAAGAUUUUUUUCCUCUGGCUAACGCAUAUCUAAGUGUCUUUUUUUACUGGCUGGAUGAGAUGUCAUUCAUCAUGGAGGAUAACUUAGAGUCCGGAUGGGUGUCCGUCCGGCCCAAAGUCUUCGACGAAAAAGAGAGACAUAAAUUUGUUUUCAUUGUGGCCUGGAACGACGUCGAGGGAAAGUUCGCCAUAACCUGCCACAACAGAACCGUGCAGAGACGGAGCACUUUACUGGACGUCGACUGUGGCCCAAUCGCUGGGCUUCCUCCCACCGGUGCCUGCGUGGCUGAAAAACACACAAAAAGUCCCGUCACGGCGAAGAAAGAUGGAGUCUGCCAAGUGGGUAAAGUUAGACCGCACUCUGUCCCCAAAGGGAAACCCACAACAAAUGCUAACCCAGACAGGAAGACUUUAAAAGCCGGUAGUUCAAAGUCAUAUGAGUGCGUAAGUCACACUUUAGGGACAUGGGACGUUGUGACACCCAAGAUAACGGAUAUGGAGAUCCUGGAGCCAGUGGAUGUCACGCUGUCUCCGGAUGAUGCAGACCCAGGUGACAUCGAGGCCAGUAACCGCGAAGACUUCAGCUGGGCUGGACUGUUCUCCUUCCAGGAACUGAGAGCAGCCCACCUCCAACUAUGCGCCGUCAACUCGGACCUAGAGCCUUGUUUGCCCUCUUUCCCGGAGGAGCAGUCUGGCGUGUGGACUGUCCUUUUCGGCCCGCCCGGGAUGUCACAGCGGGAGACGGACGCCCUGUGCUAUCAGUUGCAGGUGUACCUGGGUCAUGCCCUGGACACCUGCGGCUGGAAGAUCCUCUCACAGGUGCUUUUCUCAGAGAGCGACGACACCGAGGAGUACUACGAGAGUCUGAGUGAGCUGAGGCAGAAAGGCUAUGAAGAUGCUCUGGAGAGGGCCAAAAGACGCAUGCAAGAGGUGCUGGAUAAACACAAAGCGAUGGACAGCAUGGUGGAGCUGCUGCAGGUGUACCCGGAGGAGGACGAAGCGUAUGGAGAGCUGCUGGAAGCCACAACUCAGCUCUAUCACUACCUGCUUCAGCCCUUCAGGGACAUGAGGGAACUGGCAAUGUUGCGCCGACAGCAGAUUAAGAUUUCUCUGGAGACUGAGCGACUCGGCCCUCGUCGUGUGGAGAGCCUGAGAAAAGAGGACGAGGAGUGGCAGAAGAAGGCUCACGCCGCAGUGCUUUCCAUUCAAGACCUGACUGUCAAGUUCUUUGAAACCACAACUCGGUCUCAGAAAGCUCUAUACGAGAGGAUGCGAGCGGACCAGAGAAAGUUUGGGAAGUCAGCGUGGACAGCAGCGGUUGAACGCAUGGAGCGGCUGCAGUUUGCCGUUUCCAAAGAAACUCUGCAGCUCAUGAGGGCCAAAGAGAUCUGCCUGGAACAGAGGAAACAUGGCUUGAAGGAGGAGAUGCAGAGUCUACAGGAUGGGGAGGAUGCCAUGCUUCGCCUGGACCAGCUGGAGGCGCUGUACUAUGAGUUACAGCUGCAGCUGUAUGACAUUCAGGCCGAGGUGCUGCGCUGCGAGGAGCUGCUGCUCACUGCCCAGCUGCAGAGUCUGCGCAGGCAGAUGACAGAGCGACAGGAUGAGGUGGUGUACUACGAUACCUUUGAGAGUCCUGAUGCCAUGAAGGGUGUAGAAGACCCCACGACCCCACCGUCACCCCUCAGAGAAGAAGAACUCUGCACCCUGCAGCAGAGGACCCGGCAGCUCGAGGCCCGCAGGGGCCGCAUCACUGCCAAGAAAGUCUACCUCAAAAAUAAGAAGGAAAUCUGUAUCAUCAAUCACAAGCAGAAGAUACAACAGCGCCAAGGUAGCCAUACUGACAGCAAAUCCCUGCAGGAGCUGCAGCAGGGAGAUGAAGAUGAUGAAGCUAAGCGAAACGCCAGAGUGAGUCAGGAGAGGCAGAGGACACUUGACAGGCUUCGCAGCCUCAAGCAGAGGUAUCCAGGCCAGGUGACUCUAAAGUCAAGCCGCCUGCGCCUGAGUCAGACUCACAGUCGGAGGCGUGCUGGGCAGCAGCCCAGCACCCAGGCUGCCGGCGUUCAGACCGACUGCGUCUCAGAUCUCCCAGAACUCUCUGCUCCUCUCCCGCCGGACGCGUACGGCUGCGACAGCGUCUCUUUACCUGCGGUCGACCUCCAAGGCCUCGAUCCCUCGCCUCCCUUCCUAUCGCUGCCCCCACUCUCAGCCACGCCGUCAAACUUUUCACUGGGUGCCCCUCCCCCGCCUCCACCGCCUCCUCCUCCGCCUCCUCCACCACUUCCCACCUCAGAGGACGACCAGCAGAAGAACCUCACAGCCGUCACGCUUCAACACCAGAAAGGCGAGUCUGACUCCACCUCGCUCCCGCUGGCUCCAUUUUCCCCUCGAUUCUUUGACAGCAGCCAGCUGUUAACGGCGAGGAAAAAGCUGCGGAAGACGGCUUCUCUGGACUCGUCGCAGUGGAGGAGAGCGAGCUCUCCCAUGGAUGAGGUGCUGGCAUCACUCAAGCGGGGCAGUUUCCACCUGAGGAAGGCUGAGCUGCGGGUCUUGGGCCCGGAUCCGGAUGACGACAGCAACAAUAUCCUGGCUCAGAUCCGACAGGGCGUCCGGCUUAGGAAGGUACGGACCAGACCGGAGCAGCAGCGUCAUCCCAAAAGCUUCCCCCACUCGGCCGACGCUCUGACCCGCAGCAUUCACGAGGCUCUGAGGAGAAUCAAGGAGGCCUCUCCUGAGUCAGAGUCAGAGGAUGAAGGUCUUCCCUGCACUGACUGGGAAAACUAAUGCGGUUCAUCAAAGGAAUCUUUUAACCCCCCCCACCUUUUUGUUUUUUUUUUAACACAAAGAGUUUAAACAAAGUGAAACCAAGUUAAGCAGGCAAGCCAGGGUUAAGUCACCUGGAGAUUUCUUGGUGCAAUUUGAACAAAAACCCUCGAUUUUUUUCUUUUUUUAAUAUAUAUUAGAGGAUUUUUUUCUUACUCAUGUACGCUGUUUGUAAAGAUGGACCACUAAUCUUUUUUUUUUUUUAUGUCAUUGCUGUGGCUCUCUGGGCGAGGAUACAACCUCUGACCUCUCAUCACGUCCGAGUCGUACUGUAGCUUGCUGCGACGGGUUUGUUUGAGGACACGAAUUUUGCUCACAGUGAUGGUAAACCUUCAGUCUGAGCGUUUACAUUUUACUACACAACAAGCAUUUGUACUGUACAUCUUUUUAAAGGAAUAGUUGGACUGAGUGCAUACGAGAGUGGUAUUAACAUUCAUAUUUACAAAAUCGCCAAACUUUGACUUUGAGAUGAGGUUUUGUGUAAUCACCCACGCAGUUUAUCGGAAUCAAUUUGAACGUCCAGCAUCUGUUUUAGGGCUUUAGAACUGUGAAAGCACCUGAUUGCAGUACAAAGUGCCCCCAAAUACUCUGAGGGCUGUUAGAAAAUAAUCCAGUCAACUUGCAAAUGUGUAAAAUCUCUGUUUACCUGCACGUCACACAGGAUGAGACAGCUCAGCUGGUCAUCAAAGACAAACGCAAACUUGUAGAUUGGCUGCUUUUCAGCUCUAAAUAUGUGUGAGAAUAACAGACCUGGGGCCAGAUUUACUCGAUGUGAUGCUACUAAUGCAAGAAUGUGCUGAUAAUGCUCAUAAUGUGCAAAUCUAACCACCAGUUCAACCAUUGCAGUCUCCUGAGGGCAGUGUAAACGAGUGGGUCAAAAACAUGCAGAGCGGACGAGGAAGCAAGUAAUCCAGCAAGUGUAGGUUUUCACUCUAAAACAGCUGAAGGAGAAUCUAUAUGUUUUAAGACAAAGACGAACUCUUCUGUUAGAACUCGAUGAAGCCUGCGUGGGAUCUUGGAGUUUGGGACAGCUGUUCUUGGGAUAAUGGUCUCAGGCAGGACCAGAGUAAGGCCAACCCCAAACCAUCUGUCUGUCGAAUUUACUGUAACUGUAAAUGUGCUCAUGACUCUGUUUCACUCCUGCAUGCUGCGUGAGGCUGCCCAUAUUCAGGACAAAGACAAGACUCAAAUAGGUUCAAUAAAAUGACAAAUUCAACUCAAAAAUGCCUGAACUUAAAAGGCGUAUUAGGGUCACGGUGGUUCAUAUAUGUACACAAACGUUGUACAUUUUUUUUUUAGAAAAAAGUGUCAAAUGUACGAGGAGAAAAAAAAGUACAAAUUUACGAGAAUAAAACUCGGAAAAAGGAAUCUGUCGUUACACGUUUCCAGGUUAAGUUAGAAGAAAUUCAGAUAUGUGAACUCCUGGGACUAAUAAUCCAUACAAAUAUGUUCGGUAUGCCUUUUUUCAAGCAUACCAAACCAACUCCAUGCAUUUAAAAGUCAUCCUCUGACCUGUACAGACAGCACUGGGAUCAUAAAGUUCAACACUGAAAAAAGACGUUCAUAUCAGCAAUAACUUUGUUCUCAUUUAUGUCACCAGCAUGUAGAUUCUGGGUGGUCCAUUGCUGCAAAUUGUUAAAAAAUGAAAAUAAAAAAGCUUAUAAGGAAAUGAUAUUAAAUGUUCUCUUAACUGAUUUAGUAAUUUCCCUCCUAAAAAUUGCCAAUUAUUGAUAACAAUAGAAGCUCGUUUUUACAUAUGGUUUGAUUAACGGGAUAUGUAUGUAUUAUACGUUUCGGCAUUACACUUUGCAACUGUGUUGUUAGUCCAGGUCAGAGCAUGACUGGAAAAACCUGAACAUGCUGGAAAAAAGAUGUUGUUGUUGUUCUAAUGAGUUAUUGAUCCCAGAAGAUCAGCUGAACCUUGAAAAGUAAAGCGAUGCUUUUUGACUGAAACAAAAGCCACAUUAUUUUUUGAGUUUUUCUCUUAAAUCUGUCGCUUUUUUUCUUCUUUGCACUCUGAACUGAAAAAUCUGUCUAAUACAUAAACAUAAAGCCAGCCACAAAGAAAACCUGCCGGCGUCUUUUAGCUUGGUGCUGAUGUAGACCAGUAGCACAUCUGGCCCCUGGUGUUCCCGUCAUAGUCACACUGUCACACUGUAAUCAUCAGCACACAAAGAGCUGUGGUUUUACAUAACAAGCUUUAUCUGUUGUUGUGCAUCCUCCACUUCUUUUAUAAGGAUGCCGUUAACACCAGGUCAGUAUUUUGACAGAUGUAUACCUGUAUGACAUUUCUAUUUUAGCUCCAUUUGAAGUAUAAAUGAUUUCUUGAAUGUAGCUUUGGAUGUUUUCUGUGUUUGGCAGAGUUUACUGUCCACCUUACAGAUGGAAAUAUUGUUGGGACCAGAUUCCCUUUCAUUUAUUACUUUGAUCUUGAUUCAUCAUUGACAAAUAGCAGAACCAAAAAGCAAAAAAAAGUAGAUAUGAAUCACUAUAAUGGAGCUCGGCUCUUUAGAUACAGAUCCACAGAUUGUUAUCGGUCUAGAAUUUCACAUUCUCUAAAAUAAGAAUUUGACUGACAUUUCUUUCUUGUUUAUUUCUGCUUUU